ACGUACCUUGGAUAUUCCUUAUUUUGGGCGGGAUAGAAUCUAGGGUUCUUCCAGCUAUGGGGGAAGCUGGGCGCCCCGACGAGGUAAUAGACGAUCUGUCAGCUCCGUUGGAAUGCUAUGCCGCUGUGGCAAGGAUCGGCAAAGAUUGGAGCGAGGCGAGGCGCAGCGGCGAAAUCUUUGCGGAUAAUGCGCUCUCGCAAGCGAUGAAGAUCCUCGCAGGCGCCCUUCCGGCCGUAUUCGAGGAUUUGUGUCCGUCCUGCUGCCAGAUCUUGUCGACAAGACUAUCGGGGAUCGCCACAGGCUUGGAGCUAGCUGAGGUCAUCGGCAGGAAGUAUGCCAGCGUCGAUGGGGCAUGUACAAUGCACAGAGCAGCGAAGGUCCAGAAAGAGGAAGAAGACUGCGAAGAAGAAGAAGAAGACGAAGAAGAUGAAGAAGGAGAAGGAUGCUCGGAAACGCAGUCUGUGAUGAGUGGAAGUGCCUCGAUUUCUCAAAGGGCGGGCCAGAAGAAAGUGCUGACGCCUCAAGAAAGGGAGCACAUCAGGUACUUGCAAGUCGUCAGGAAAAAAGAUUUUGUCUGCAUGGAGUGGAUCAAAGGCAUGAGAGUCAACAUACUCCAAGGUCUAGAGCUACAUACCAACAUCUUCAGUGCCGCGGAACAGUCUCGCCUUCUCGACAUGGUUUUCGAGCUUGAGCUCAAAGGCCAGCGGAACGAGCUCAAAGAACGCACUUAUUCCGCUCCACGGAAGUGGAUGCAAGGGAAAGGGAGAGUCACGCUUCAGUUUGGAUGCUGCUACAACUAUUCUCACGAUAAGUUUGGAAAUACUCCAGGCAUCUUGCAAGACGAGGAAGUUGAUCCGUUGCCGCCACUACUCAAGUCGACCAUCAAGCGCCUCGUUCGCUGGCAUGUCCUCUCUCCCACCUGCGUUCCAGACAGCUGCAUCGUCAACAUCUAUGAAAUAGGCGACUGUAUCCCACCUCAUAUUGAUCACCACGACUUUCUACGGCCGUUCUGCACCGUCUCGCUGCUCAGCCAAUGCAGCAUUGUAUUUGGAUCGAGCCUGUCCGUCGCUGCACCGGGAGAAUUUGAUGGAUCUUUCUCUACACAGUUGCCGGUGGGGUCGGUGUUGGUUCUCAAUGAUAACGGUGCUGACGUUGCAAAGCAUUGCAUUCCUGCUGUUCCAUCCAAGAGAGUCUCCCUGACCUUCAGAAAGAUGGAUCCUCGAAAACGACCGUAUGGCUACAGAAGCGAUCGAAGCAUGGAGGCAAUACCACUCUUGGACUAGCUAAAGGUCUGUUUAAGAUGGAGAGCGCUGCGGCAGACGUGAUCAUCUUGGGGGCUUCUGGAUUCACUGGCAAGCGCGUUUUGGGUGAGUUCCUCCGCAAGCUCCCAGAGGACAGGAA